AUGAAGCUAGGAGUUCUGAAAACGGGUGAAAAUGUCUCAGCUGUUACAGACAUUAAAUACACACUCCAGCAGCAAUACACAAAUGGAGUGGGAAAGUUGAACACCAAGCAGAUUAGCCUAUACAUCAACCUAAAGGUGAAACCUGUGGCCCAGCCACUCAGAGACAUACCAUACAACCUCCAGGAGGCUGUGGAGGAAAAGAUAAAAGAACUGGUGGACAUGGACAUUGCAGAACGUGUUGAGGGCACCACCCCCUGGGUGAACCAAGUGGUUGUACUCCCAAAACUGACUGAAGAAGUUGAACUCCCCUUUCUUCUGGAGCGCCAGAGCAAGGAGCUGGCGGAGAUGUUGGCCCAGGAGGACCUUGGGGAGAUGGGCUUGAGCAGCCCCAGUGAACAGAUGGUUUACUUGCUGGUGGAAACGGCCACACUGUUGGAGAGGCUGGAAGCUGCUGUGAGGAGGCUGGACAGACAGAGCCUCCCUGACAACUGGAGGGAGGUCCACCUCCAGCACUUAAGGGACAGCAGCCAGGAGAGGUUGGCUCUGCUAGAAGCUCGUCUGACUGAGGAAAAGGACUGGAGGAAACAGCUGGAGGUGGACCUCAGUGCUGCCCAGGCCGCACUGAAAAAAGACAAGGAGGCUUUGCAGAUUGGCGAGCGAGAGCUGAAGAAGCUGCGACUCGAGGUCAACAGCCUUCAGACUGAAUGCCAACAAGGGAAAACACUCAUCAAGAGCCUCAACCAAGUCAAGGGGGAAAAAGCCAUUCUGGAGGAAAAGGUAGCCCAGAUGGAGCGUGCCCACCGCCGACUCCAGAGUGAGGCAGAGCACUACAAGGGCAGUAACCAGACCCAGGAGGACCUGCGGGAAAACCGGUUGCAGGUUGACCAGCUACAGGAGCAGGCUGACCGGCUAACCAUGGAACUCAGCAGCCUCCAGACAGCACACAACAGACUGAGGGAUGAAAUGGUUUCUGAGCGGCUGCAGACUGCUGAGCUCCAGGCCAAACUGAGCAACAGUCUCCAGGAGAAGCUGGCGGCUGAGGAGGAAAGAGAGAGACUGGAGCUCGAGGUACAGCACCUCAAGGGGCAGAUCCAGUGGCAUCAAGAGCAGCUCUCCUCGACAAAGGAAGCACUUAGUAACAACCAGAAAUCUGAAUUGCUCACAACUCACAUAGAGUGUAGGCUUAGUCCAGUGGAGAGGACUAAGGAUGAGUGCCUGGAUCAGCUUUCAUGUCUGAAGCAGGAGCUGAAUCAUCUGCAGACCAAGCUGGGGGAGGAGCGGCAGCUGGCCUCUCAGCACCAACUGGCUCUGCAGGCUCAGAUCAAUGAAGCCCAGGCACGAAUCAAGUCCCAGGACUUAGUGAUGAGCCAGAAGUCAGAGGAGGCUAAACAGAUGAAACAGGACCUGCAGAGGGCACAGAGUCUGUUCACCUCAGCAGAGAGAGAGUUGCGCUAUGAGAAGGAGAAGAACAUGGACCUGAAGAGACACAACACCCUGCUGGACCAGGAAAAACUGAAACUUUGUGCAGAGCUGAAGCAGGUUCAGACCAAGCUGGUCCAGUUGGAGCAGAGCGUCCACAUUCAGGCGGCUGAUUCUGAACGUCAGCAGCAAAGAAUCAGGGAACUGGAGCUGGAACUGGCACGCAACUCCACAAACCGCAGCACCACCACCAGUCUGCAGGAGGACCUGCAGGCCGAGAGGGCACGGCUCAUUGCUGCUGACAAGAAGGUGUUGGAGCUGCAGCAGCAGCUUAAGAGUGCCCAGCACCAGCUGCGCAUGGAGGAAGCUCGAGCUGGCGACAGCAUCCACCUGGAGAGGGACAGCAGGGAUCUGUCUAACACCUUGUCAGCCCUGAGAGCCCAGCAGCAGAGGGAGCACAUCACUAGGAAGCUGAUAGAGCAGCGUGAGGAAGAGCAGCAGCAGCAGGUGCUCUCCCUGAGGCUGAAGGAGGCGUCCCUGACCAGGACAAAUGCAGAGCUCAGCCACCGUGUCCAGCAGCUGGACAGCCGUCUAUCCAUCCUGGAGGCUGAACUUAACAAGGCCAGAGAGGAGGCAAGAGACGGUCAGACGUCGAGCCACAGACUGAAAGAGGAGCUGGCGGCCAGUCAGCAGGAAUAUGACAGACUGCAGGCCGAGCUGCAGCAGGUUCUCUUCCAACUGGACACACACGUCAGGAAGUACAAUGAAAAGCAGAGUCAGCACAAGACAAAGCUGCGUCAGGCCAAGCAGAUCUUUCUCAAGGCCACUACACAAAGGGACAGCACCAUCCAGAGACUGGAGAACGACCUGGCGCUGGCCUCCAGCCUCUCACACAAGGAGAAGGAGAGGAUCCAUAAAGUGCUGGAAGAAAACGAGAAGAUUUUGGAGGAGAAGAGGGUGCUGUUACUGAAGAUAAGUGAGGCAGAGGAAAUGGGCAGCAACGGCAUGAGGGCCGCGUCCACGGCCCAACACAGGGUCAGUCUUUUAGAAGUGGAAAACAGACACCUACAGGAUCGAACCCUGAAGCUGUCCAAUCAAGUCAGUUCCUUAGAGCGCACCCUGAGGAACCAGUCGUUCUACAGCCUGGAGAAUGCCAAGAAAGUGCUCCCCUCUGAAAGUCUCUGUGACGGCAUCCUGCACACAUCUACGUUAAGUCUGACGUCAGGUUCGUGUGACCCACUGGACAUCCUGGACUCGAUCUGCCGUAUGAAGGUUGGCGAGCGUGCAGUGGUGGACGGCACUCGAGCAUCUGUCUCCACACACCAGCCAUCAGAGCAGGGCUACCUGAAUCUCACCUCCCCAUUAGUUCCUAAUAACGGUGAUAAGGUAUGAGAGGAUGAGAGGGUAGCACUACAGCAUCCGCCUGCAAAUAUCCUUGAUAAAAGACAGUAAUAAUAAAAAAGUUCUGCUCAGGGUGAUAUCUGUGUUUUGGGGGAUUUGUAAAAAUCAAAUAUUUUUUAUGACAUAUUUAAAAGACACAGGAUGUCAUGAUUGAUUCUUAGUUUUGAUUUGGAAGCUAAACAUGUGGCAUAAUCAUUUUUGUAUGUACAAAGUGUGUGUCUGGGGAGUUGGUUGAUUGUUUGCGUCACCUCGCCAAAGCAAGUAAGAAUGCUUAAAAGCCUUGUGUUGGUUUAUGGGAAAGAUUUUUAUUAUUAUUUUGUAUCUAAUGGUACAUGAUAGAACAAUGUACUUCACACUAGUGCAGUGAGUGUGAAGAAGACAUUUCAUGGGUGAGAUUUGACUAGUUUAAAUUGAGCACUUUAUAAAAAGUUUUACUUGUUACUAUUUACAUUCAGGAAAAUGUAGCAGUGGAAUACAACAGCGGAGUAUUAAUAAUACGCAUUUUUCCCCAGUUAAAUUUAUAUCCUGGUGGUGUUUUCUAUGAAAAAAUGUCUACGAUUGUGCAUGUUUAUGGUUUUCAUUGAGUCAAAAAAAACAAACUUAAAACAACAUCAAUCAAUCAAUCAACAUUUUUACAAAUCCAUAAUGAUAUCAAACAGCCACCAUGUGUGAAUGUCAUUCAUGCCCCCCAAAACACAUCUCAUGUCAGCAAACAGCGGCUGACCAGCACACAGUACACGUUUAUUUUUUCUCUGAAUCUACAAGAAGAAACUGUGACAGAUUCUGAGUGAUUGUUUCGGUGCCGGACUGCUGCUGAAUAUUUAUAAUUCAUUUUCCUGAAAUGUACUGAUUAUAUAAGUCAAUAUGAUGACAAAAAAUACACCAGGAAAGAUCAUUUAACCUAAUCUUAUAUAUCUUAUAUUUUAUCUUAUAUAUUUAUCUUAUAUUUUACAAAAACGAAAAGGAUCCCUUUUAAUGACUUAAAGCAUGAAUUAGCAAAUAUAUAUAUAAUAAGUGAUUUCUGCAUCAGAAUAUUAUCACGGUUUCAGGGAGGAAAAUAAGCGAUAAACUGGAAAGGAGGGGAAACUAUUGAGCUACUCAUUUAUGUGUAUGCAAUAAAAAGACUUAUUUUUUUAAUGAAAAGCUUCUCUCAUCUGAAAUCGAAGUUUUUUCCAUUUUAUUCUGGUGUGCGUUAGGUUAAGGAUACGUUUCGUAUCUCUGUUAUGUUUUGAAUUCAGGACAGUUUAGCAGCGCUCCACAGGGCACAAUACGUUUAUUGUAGCAUUUUUACAGUAGUCGCUGGUCAUCAAAUCACCAAACCAAGUCUCCUCAGCUUUUUGCUUUCAAGUCUCAACUGAAACGGACCUGAAGAAACUGCAGCUGCAGUAUCGCAGAGCAGAGGAAGCCAAACGGGCAUAUAGUGU